GUUUGGUGGGCGACACCUCCCUGGCCAACCCCAACGGUAGUAGAACUACAAAUCGAUCCCCCCCUUUCUUUCCUUUCUCUUCUUGUUUUAUUUAUAGAGAAUACAAAAAAUAUCUUCCAAAAAUCCAAAUCCAAUUCGAAUACUCUUUCCUCCUCUCUUUUCCCAACUAAUCCCCCUAGUUUUCCUCCGCCUUCUAUUUCCAAUUCAAAUUUACUCUCCAGAUCCUCCGUCUUUCCCAUCCCCCCUCUGUAUAUUCUUUAUUUUUUAUUUUUUAUUUUUUAUUUUCGGAUUGAUUUUGAAUAAUUGAGAGAGAAUGUUUAACGGAAUGAUGGAUCCGGAGAUGAUAAGGCUGGCUCAGGAGCAGAUGAGUCGGAUGUCACCCGCCGAGUUGGCUCGGAUCCAACAACAGAUGAUGUCUAAUCCAGACUUGAUGAAGAUGGCCUCCGAAAGUAUGAAGAACAUGAGGCCUGAAGACUUGAAAAUAGCCGCAGAACAAUUGAAGCAUACCCGGCCAGAGGAGAUGGCUGAGAUUGGUGAGAAGAUGGCUAAUGCGAAACCUGAAGAGAUAGCAGCUAUGCAUGCUCGUGUUGAUGCCCAAAUCACUUAUGAAAUGAAUGCAGCUCAGCUGCUGAAGAAAAAGGGUAAUGAACUUCACAGCCAAGGAAGGUUCGAUGAUGCCUUAGAGAAAUAUUUGCUUGCAAAGAAAAAUCUACAAGGCAUUCCAUCCUCCAAAGGCAGAUCACUGUUGGUGGCAUGCUCACUCAACUUGAUGUCAUGUUACUUGAAAACAGGGCAGUAUAAUGAAUGCAUAAAAGAAGGCUCGGAGGUUUUGGCAUAUGAUACAAAGAAUGUCAAAGCUCUUUACCGAAGAGGUCAAGCAUACAAAGAUCUUGGUCAAUUGGAAGAUGCUGUCUCUGAUUUGAGCAAGGCACAUGAAGUAUCCCCUGAUGAUGAAACUGUUGCAGAUGUUUUAAGGAAUGCCAAGGAAAGAUUGGCUAAAGAAGGUGGGCAUGCACCUAGAGGAUUAGUAAUCGAAGAAAUAACUGAAGAAGUUGAGACACUGGGUUCUGGAAAUCAGAACAGCUCAUACAUGGAAUAUUCAGGGGUACAACCACGGGAAAAUGGCAAAUCUUCUAAGAGUCAAACUGCAGUUAACAAUGGUGGUAUCACGACGAAUUUGGAGUCUUUGCAGGCUUUGAAAGAUGACCCAGAAGCUAUAAGAUCGUUCCAGAAUUUCAUGCAUAAUGCUGGUCCUGAAACACUGUCUGCUUUGAGUUCUGGAAAAUCUGGAGUACCACCUGAAAUGAUUGAGACUGCCUCAAAUAUGAUUAGCAAGAUGUCACCUGAAGAUCUUCAAAGGAUGCUUGAUUUGGCUUCAUCGUUCCAGGAAGAUACCCCAUCUUUUGGAGGUUCAUCAAAUAAUGAUUUUAACAGCUUUAAACCUGGAUCAAUUCCUCCAAAUAUGACACCUGACAUGCUUAAAACAGCAAGUGAUAUGAUGAAUAAAAUGCCACCAGAGGACCUUCAGAAGAUGUUUGAAAUGGCAUCCUCUUUUAGAGGGAAAGACUCAAUUCCAAUGGCAGCAGCUGUAAAUGGUUCUUAUAGUGACCCAAAAUCUUCAGAAGGCCAGGAAAAUCCUGUAGUUAAUAGAACUAGUGCUGUGGGUGAAUCUAGUUCAUCUCGUGGUAUUUUUUCAAAUUCAAGAAAUACUCAGUCAAGCUUCCCAACCUCAACUGCUGAUUUGCAAGAUCAGAUGAGAAACCAAAUGAAAGAUCCAGAAAUGCGCCAGAUGUUCACAUCGAUGUUUAAGAAUAUGAGCCCAGACAUGAUGACAAGCAUGAGUGAACAAUUUGGUUUGAAGCUGUCUCGAGAAGAUGCAGCAAAAGCUCAAGCAGCCAUGUCAUCAUUAUCACCAGAGGACUUGGAUAGAAUGAUGCGUUGGGCAGAUAGGGUUCAAAGAGGAGUGGAAGGAGCAAAGAAGACAAAGAACUGGCUGCUGGGAAGACCUGGUAUGAUUCUGGCUAUAUGCAUGCUCGUUUUAGCAAUCUUUCUUCAUCGGUUGGGAUACAUUGGUGGCUAGAAGGGCCUCAUAUUUGUUAGUUUUAGAAGAUCCCGUAGAAGUUCAACCUCAGGAGGAUUCCCUUCAGUGUAA